GAAAUUUCUAACGUCGAUAAUCUGCUGUUCGGUAACAAAGUGUUGAAGUGCAUUAUUGUGUAACAACAGACAUUUUCUCGGCGAAAUCACCGCUUAGACAAAAAUAUCGUCGAAAAUGGACAGAGGAAAAUAUUUAGAACCAAAUUUCCAGAAAUUUUGGAAGGAAAUCAUCGAAAAGGAACAGUCUAUUCGCUUAAAAUGGCAUGCGAAAUAUGAUCCAUUUCUGAAGAGAGUUGGAAUGGGCAUCGAUCUGGAUCGCACUUCGUCCGACGACGAAGAAGAAUCUGAGGAUGAGCUUCCGCUGCGCGAGCCUCGUAUUAAGGCCGAACCUUUGCCUCGCAUCGAAACACCAUCACCACCUUCGACACCAUCGACCGUAACCGAACCUUGGGACAUUCCAGAGCCUUCCUACACUUCUAUGAAGCCAGUGUGCCUGCAUAAUAGAGCACUUCUUUAUGACGGUAUCAGCAAAGAAGGUCUUCGCGGUAAAGGCCGAGUCCAAUAUUUGAGAUCCCGUAAAAAACUGGGCCCCGAAGACAAGUACUUCCAUCCAGUAGCCUCUUCUUGGGAACAUGGCUGGUGCUAUGGUCGAAAUGUGGAGCCCCAACACCCAGAACACGCCCGCGUCAAUAUUGUCAAGCAGACAUUUUUCCGUCGCAACGGUAACGAACUCGAGGUUAAAGGAUUCAAUCCCAUCGGUUCUUAUUUGUAAUAAAUUCGGUUUUAAAUAAAAUUUUUCUUACAUAUUUUUAAA